CUAACUUAUGCUUCUUGUUGUGAAACGUCGUCUUGAACCGUUGUCGUGAUGGGCUGGGAAGGGGCGACGGGCCACCUCUACGUGACGGGCGACCUCGUCGAGGACGGACCGAGCAGCGUCAAGCACCAUAUGCCCGUCCAAGGACGCAAGAUCAAGGCUCUCCAAGGCGGCUACAAUGCUUCGCUGGCGCUCGUCGACGGCUGGGAGCUCGCGUGGAUGACGCCGCCCGUCUUUGAGCUCGCCAAGCCGCAGCACGACGUCAAGAUUCACAUGCUUGCCUUUGGCGCCAAGCACACGCUCGGGCUCAGCCUCGACGGCCACCUCUACGCGUGGGGCGUCGGCGAGAGCGGCCAGCUCGGCCUCGGCGGCGCCAUCACGAGCACCAAGACACCCCGCAAGCUGCGCGAGCUUCCGGGCGUCGCCUUCACCUCGGUGGCCUGCGGCGGGUUUCACUCGGCGGCCGUGACGUCGACGGGCGCGCUCUACACGUGGGGCCGCAACCUCGAGGGGCAGCUCGGCCACGCGUCGUCGCUGCUCUCAACGAGCGAGAAUGAAACUCAGAACGGCGUCUUCUUCCACCCCAAGCACGUUGACGCGUUCCUCAAGAAGCGCUGCAAGCAGAUAGCGUGCGGCGACAAGUUGUCCGUCAUCCUCACGGACGCCGGCGAUGUCUAUGCGUGCGGCGAAGGCCAAGUGGGCCAGCUCGGGCAAGGUCGGUGCACCAAGCAAUUUCUACCCCUCCUCACGCUCCUCGGCGAAAAGACCGACCCGUUCGUCCAGGUGGCGUGCGGCUGGGCCCACGCGCUCGCGCUCACGUCGUCUGGUCGGCUCUUUGCGUGGGGCUUCAACCAAUACGGGCAGCUUGGCCUCGACGAUACCAAGUCACGCUUCGUCCCCGAAGAGCUCCCCGGUCUCCUCUUCAAGCACGUGUAUGCCGGCGGCAACUACGCCGCCGGUAUUUCGUCGGCCGGUCGGCUGUAUACUUGGGGAAAUGGUCGGCACGGGAAGCUCGGUCACGGCCACGACGACAACGUCUGUCGCCCACUCGUCGUCGACGCCGUCCAAGACACGUACGUGCAGGCGGUCGCGUGCGCGGCCCGUCACAUGAUCUUCUUUGCGCCGUCGUGGGUCGAGCACAUUCAACCCACUUGCGGCGCCAUGUCGGGCGGCACGCAGCUGCGCAUCUUUGGCUCCGGGUUUUGGGCGACCGACGACUUGACGGUGCGCUUUGUGCCGCUUACGGACGGGCGACUGGCGCGCGCCGCGCUCGCCGCGUACGAUCCUGUCACUGGCACCAUUGCGUGCGAGGUGCCUCGGUUCGGCGUCCCCGGCGACUUUGCCGUUGAAGUGGCCAUGAAUGGCAAGCACUUUACGUCCAACGGCGUUCUCUUUGAAGUGUUUGCCCCGCCGACCGUCACCUUUGUCUCGCACAAGGAACUGCCGCUCGUCAACGAGACGAAUGCUGUCGUGCGUAUGCAUUUGCGCGGUGAGCGACCCAAAGCUGCCGACGUCCCAGUCGUUCGAUGGGUCCCGCUCGACGGUCGCUUGGCUCCGGUGCUCGUCGAGGGCGUCUGUGGCGAGAUUCCCAAGGCCGACAGCGGCUCGGACGACGGCGACGACGCGCUUGCAACCAACGCCGAGGACGACGAGGACGACGAGCACGACAAUGUGUUUCAGCUCGCGUUUCCGGCGCCGUCGUUCGAGAUGAACCAGUCCGAGCUCGUUGCGUGCACGCUCGAUGUGUCGUUCAACGGCGUCGACUUUAACGCGGUGCGCAUCCACGACCCGUUCCACAGUGGGCUCCCGGAUCCUGAAGUCGUCUACUUUCACGAGGCCGCGAUCACCCGCGUCGUCCCCAACGGCGUUGCGCUGCCCGGCGACAAUAUGGCGAUUGAGAUUCGCAUUCAACAAAUGUUCGAUAUCGGCCAGCUCAAGUGCCGCAUCCGGUGCGCCGAGCCCGAGACACUGGAUGCACCCUACCGUAUUGCGUCGACAAAUCUCGCGGUCGUCUCGUUUAGCGUCGACGACCAAGUGGUCCACUGUUCGAUCCCACCGUUUGCCGACUGGCGCGUCGACACGAUCACGCCGCUCCGAGACGAUCCCGACUCGGACGACGAUACCAAGAGUAAGCCUACGACGCCGCCCGGCGCGUGGUUCCAGCCGGACGCCCAGUGGUUUACAACGACCGUACAAGUGUCGCUCAACGGCGGCGCGACGUAUUUGGCGCCCAUCUCACCGGGCGUUGCCGACGUCGUCGCGUACACACCCGGUACGCUCGAGGCAAUCACGCCGACCUCCGGGCCGCUCAGCGGCGGCACGCUUGUGUCGCUCCGGUCCAACUACUUUCAGUACGACACGAAUGACGCGAUGGUGUCGAUCGAGUACAACGGGGACAUCCAGUUCGUACCUGGCUUUGUCAAGACGCUUCCCGAGGCCACGGAGCGAGCGCUGACGUUUGAGAUGCCGACGUUUUUCGUGCCGCCCCCGCCCCCCAUGGAGAGUCCGCGCCCGGGGGGUGGCAUCGUGUACCCCCCCGCCCCCGUGCUCCCCAACGCGAUCGUCAAGGUCGCACUCAACGGCUCGACGUACGCCCACGAGUCGUCGGUUCCGUUCGAGUUUUACUACAACCCCAAGGUCGUCACGGUCGAGCCGAGCACCGUAUCGCCCGGCGUGACGCUUCAACUGACGGGCGAGCUCUUCCGGACGGGUCCGCUCGCCAAGUACAAGCUCACGAACGCCGACGGCACGUUCUCCGCGGACGUGCAAGCGAAUUUGGUCGAUGAAAAGGGAGUCAAGUUGUACAAAGUUGAGAUUCCGGCCUUGGGCAAGGCCGCCGAAGGCGAUCUUUGGUUUCACGCUGCACUCAACGGCGUUCAGUACAGCACCAGCGAUACUGCCAAGGUCCUGUACGUCGAUCAACCCGAAUCGUCGACCAAGGACGACAAACGCAAACAUUGAGGAAUCAUCAACUUCAUAUUGUCUUUUACUAUCAACUUGAAACAAAACAAUUUGCUUGUGACUGGACA